UGCAGUCCCGUCACCCAACUUCAAACCCCACUCUCCUCCCCCGCUCAUCCGAUGGCCCAUGCGGCAGCCGUCGACCCGGGAGAAUCAACGCCGGCCACCGCCGCGACGCCGCGCGCCGGCCCCGCUCGGCCGGAUCCCGCGCGCCGCCUCCCCGUCACCCCGCGCAAGCUAGGGUUUACUCCGUUCCGCGGCCCUCCUCCCCCUCCUCCUCAAGAGCGAGCACUGACAGAUUCAUCAGAGGAGAUUUAUACUCUUGAAUGGAAACCUUAUGCAGGAUCUCAAGCUGUUCCAGAUACCGAGGGUGUGAGGACACCUGGAAGUUCACUUAAGAACACCUGUGAAGCUUUGGCGCACGAAGCGUUCACCGAUGAACAGCGUGCGCAGUUGUAUGCACAUAUAUUAAUAACUGCAGAUCUUGAACAGGGAAAACCACCAUCAAAGGCCGCCAUGGUUCUGGCCUUUGGACAACCUGUGGAGGGUCAGAAACAUGCAUGGGAGGAGGUUUGGCGUGCUGCUCUUGACAGAUACCAGAACCAAAUGUCACCACUGGGCUUUGAGACACCUUUUAGUUCCCAGAAGAAUGGCCCGUUAGAACCAUCUCCUAUCAGCAUGAAGAAUCUUGAGGAGUUUGAGCUGAAGGAGGCACAUUCAGAACUCGUUGACGCACAGGCUACCAAAUGGCAGAACCAGAAGUCACCAGUGACUGGCUUUGAGACACCCAUCAAGUCUGUGAUAGGUAAUUGCACAGCUCAAGGUUUGGAUGUUCAGAAUGGCGGAGAGGUUCAGCUGGUAGUCAGUUGUGCCGACAAAGUUGAUCAAGAGCCACCUGAUGGCAGAAAGAUAAUGAGUACAAUGUAUGGUAGGCUAGAGUCUCUUUGCGGCAGCACUCCCGGAAAGUUCAGAAAGCUUGACGGAACAGGACUCAUGUGUGAAAUGCGGUAAAGAUGGGCAGCUGCUGAAAUGUUCCAGCUGCUUCUUAGCCGCCCAUGCUACCUGUUUUGGUUCAUCGGUGACAUUCAAUGACUCUGGCCAUUUUGAUUGCCCUGUUUGCUAUUGCCAUAAAGCUGAUAAA